AUGAAGAAGCAUUUUGAUCCUACGACUAAUGUCAUAUUUGAACGGUACCAGUUCAAUACUAGAAAUCAAGGUGAGAGGGAGACAAUCGAUCAGUAUGUGACAGCACUGAGAAGUUUGGCAGAAACCUGCGAGUUCGACACGCUAAGAGAUGAUUUGAUCAGAGACCGCAUCGUCCUAGGAACCAAUGAUCCAGACGUAAGGGCGAGGUUGCUGCGUGGGGAAAAUCUAACGCUACAAAAGGUGAUAGAUGUGUGCCGUAGUGCAGAAGUGACUAAACAACAACUCAAAAGCAUCGAAAGUGCCAGCACUCAUACUGAAUCAGUGCAAGCAGUGUACAAAAAGCAUGUGAAGCCAAGAAAGGCGAAUUCCGGUCACGAGAAGAGCCACAGCAAAGGACAGCAGAAGACACAAAUGAUACGGAAUUGCAAGUACUGUGGUGGAGAACACAGGAGAGAGAAGACCGCUUGCCCAGCGUGGGGAAAGCAGUGCGGCAAUUGCAAGAAAAACAAUCAUUUUUCAAAAAAAUGUUUGGCAAAAGGACCGAAGCCAGUGAGGUCUCUUGAUGAUGAGGAUGAUGACCUGUCAGAUGAAUCCAUCUACACCAUAGAGAGGAUAAGCAGUGUUGGAUCCAAUGGUAAGCGAUGGAGAGCAAAUGUCAUAUAUCGAGCUAAUGGAUCUGACAAAAAAGAGAUGAACAGUCAGAUUGACACAGGUGCUACAGUCAAUGUGCUGAGCUACACUGACUUAUGUGAUGUCCUACAAGAUGGAAACCCAAGGCUGGAGCACAGCAAGGUCAGACUGAAGCCAUUCAAAGGAAAACUAAUCAAACCAAGAGGACAGACAGCACUAGAAGUCCAGGUCAAGAAUGGUCAACACCUGCUUCAAUUUCAGAUAGUUGAUGGAUCAAGUCAAGUUCCAAUCCUAUCAGGUGACUCUAGCGAGGACUUAGGGUUAGUCACAAGAAACAACCCAGAGCGGAUAGAGAUCCUUAGUCAAGCAACAGAACAGCCUCUGACGAAGGAGCAGAUAAUGAAGGAAUACAAGGAUGUAUUCACAGGGCUGGGAUGUCUGCCUGGAGAAUAUCACCUUGAGACUGACAAGACAGUGAAACCGGUACAACACAUGCCACGGAGGGUACCAGCAGCACUCAAACCAAGCCUGAAAGACAAGAUAAGUGAGCUUGAGGAGAAGGGAGUCAUAAAGAAGGUGACAACUCCCACUGAGUGGAUCAGCAGCAUGGUAGCAGUGAAGAAACCAGGGAAACUGAGGAUUUGCAUAGACCCAAAGGAUCUAAACAAAGCCCUGAAAAGAUCACAUUAUCCGAUGCCUACCAUAGAAGAGAUCCUGCCCCAAUUGUCACAAGCCAAGGUGUUCACGAUCCUCGAUGCCAAAGAUGGAUAUUGGCAAGUGAAGUUGGAUAAAGAGAGUAGUUUCCUGACCACAUUCUGGACGCCAUUUGGUCGCUACCGAUGGCUGAGGAUGCCAUUUGGCAUUGCUACUGCUCCAGAAGAAUACCAGAGAAGACAACAUGAAGUAGUCCAUGGGUUACCAGAAGAGGCAAUAGUUGAUGAUCUCCUAGUCUAUGGAAGUGGAGAAACCAUGGAGGAAGCGAUCAUCAAUCACGACCAGAACUUGAGGAGACUUCUAGAGAGAGCAAGACAAGUUGGGCUCAAGUUCAAUAAAACCAAGAUCCAACUGAAACAGACCGAAGUCAGGUACAUUGGUCAUGUACUUACUGACAAAGGACUCUGCCCAGACCCAGAGAAGAUCAGAGCGGUUGCGGAACUGGAAAGGCCAUGA